AUGAUGAGACAACAUAGACCAGACAUUGCUAUUCUUUUGGAAACUAAGUGCAGUGGAGACACAGCAAAAAGGGUGAUUCAUAACCUUGGUUUCUCUUACUCUAUUUUGGAAGAAGCUCAGGGAUUUGUAGGAGGCAUAUGGAUCUGCUGGAAUAGACCAGAUAUCAACAUAACCACCAUAGAAAAUCAUAGUCAAUAUUUACAUGUUAAAAUUCAAACUCAGAGUGAAAAGGAAUGGUUCCUCACAGCAGUCUAUGCCAGUCCUCAAAGCCAGAAUAGAAGAGAAUUAUGGCCUAAAAUUCUCAAUAUAGCUAAUCAGAUAAUGGGAGAUUGGUUGAUAGCUGGUGAUUUUAAUGAAAUUAAAGACAACUCAGAAAAAAAAGGCGGUGCUACUAUUAGUAACAGAGAUUGCAAUGUGUUCUCCGGAUGGAUAAAUAGAUGGGGUCUAAUUGAUUUGGGUUUCAUAGGAUCUCGCUACACUUGGAGAGGACCACAAUGGGAAGGACAAGAUAGAGUCUUUAAAAGACUAGACAGAGCCCUCGCUAAUCAUUCUUGGAGGAUAAGGUUUCAUGAAGCCGUGGUAGAAGUUCUUGCGAGAACAGAGGGGGAGAGGCCAAGAUAG